UGGAGCUCCAGGGGGUCUCUCCUCUCCGUGGCUUUCCCCGGCCGGAGGGAGACUUUGGCUUUUGCGCGUCCGCAGGAGAGAGAUCCCCGGUGUCCUUUGAGGAGGUGGCGGUUUUCUUCACACAGGAGGAAUGGGCACUGCUGGAUCCAGGCCAAAGAAAACUCUACUGGGAAGUCAUGCAGGAAAACUACGAGUCUGUGGCCUCUCUGGCUGGCGAUGUGUGGGAGAUAGCAAGUGAGAAGGCACCAGAAAGGGUGAUUGUUGAAAAAGAUGAAGAUCUGGAAGUGGAAUUAGAAUUGGAGGGUAUAGAGGUUCAGAAGAAACGGUGCAGAAGGAAAAGAGAAGCAAAACAGAAUCAGAGCAGGAAGAAGCUGGAGGUUCCAGCCCUAAGUGAAACACAGAGAAGAAAGAGAAAGCAGAAGGAUCCUAUGAAUGAGAAUGGGUUCUGUUGCAAAUUCAGUGUUAAAAUAUAUCAGAAAGCUACAACAUGCUGGAAAACUUAUAAACACUUGGAUUGUGGAAAGAGCUUAUCUUGGAAUGGCAACCCAAGUAAACAUCAAAAGAUUCACAGAGGAGAGAAGCCAUAUAAAUGCCUGGAGUGUGGGAGAAGCUUCUCUCAGAAUGAUACUGUAAAUGCAUCUUCAAAGAUUCAUACCAGGCAGAAGCUAUAUAAAUGCCUGGCAUGUACAAAGAGGUUCUCUCAGAAUGGAACAUUAAUUAAGUAUAAAAAUGUUCACACAAAGGAGAAGACAAAUAAAUGCUUGGAGUGUGGGAAGAGCUUCUUUUGGAAAGGCGACCUAACUGUACAUCAAAGGAUUCACACAGGGGAGAAGCCAUAUAAAUGCUUGGAGUGUGGGAAGAGCUUCUCUCGGAAAGGUGACCUAACUGUACAUCAAAGGAUUCACACAGGGGAGAAACCAUAUAAAUGCUUGGAGUGUGGGAUGAGCUUCUCUCAGAAUAGUACCCUAAAUGUGCAUCAAAAGAUUCAUACUGGGGAUAAGCCAUAUAAAUGCUUGGAGUGUGGGAAGGAGUUCUCUCGGAAAGGAGGCCUAACUGUACAUCAAAGGAUUCACACAGGGGAGAAACCAUAUAAAUGCUUGGAGUGUGGGAUGAGCUUCUCUGAGAAUAGCAAACUUAUUAUUCAUCAAAGAAUUCACACAGGGGAGAAGCCAUAUAAAUGUCUUGAGUGUGGGAAGAGCUUCUCUCGGAAUGACCGCCUAAGAGAACAUCAAAGGGUUCACACAGGAGAGAAGCCAUAUAAAUGCCUAGAGUGUGGGAAGCUCUUCUCUCGGAGUGACCAUCUAACUUUACAUCAAAAGGUUCACACAGGGGAGAAGCCAUACAAGUGCUUGGAGUGUGGGAAAAGCUUCUCACGGAAUGGUAGCCUAAUUGCACAUCAAAGAGUUCACACAGGAGAGAAACCAUACAAAUGCUUGGAGUGUGGGAAAAGCUUUUCUUGGAAUAAUGUCCUAACCAUACAUCAAAGGAUUCAUACAGGGGAGAAGCCAUAUAAAUGCUUGGAGUGUGGUAAAAGCUUCUCGCGGAAUGGCAACCUAAUUACACUUCAAAAGGUUCACAGAGGGGAGAAGCCAUACAAAUGCUUAGAGUGUGGGAAAAGCUUCUCGCAGAAUCGCAGCCUAAUUGCACAUCAAAAGGUUCACACAGGGGAGAAGCCAUACAAAUGCUUGGAGUGUGGGAAAAGGUUCUCGCAGAACGGCAACCUAAUUACCCAUCAAAAGGUUCACAGUGGGGAGAAGCCAUAUAAAUGCUUGGAGUGUGGGAAGAGCUUCUCUUGGAAAGGUGUCCUAACUGUACAUCAAAGGAUUCAUACAGGGGAGAAGCCAUAUAAAUGCUUGGAGUGUGGAAAGAGUUUCAGUCAAAGCCAAAGUUAUCCCCUUUCAAUUCAUAAACGAUUGCACACAGGAGAGAGGCCAUAUAAAUGCUCCCAAUGUGGGAAAUGUUUUGUUACUAGUUCCAAGCUUUUAACACAUUUGCAAUCCCACACAGGAGAGAAGCCAUAUCAAUGCUCAGAUUGUGGGAAAUGUUUUGGUACCAGUUCCAGCCUUUCAAUGCAUAAGCGAUCCCACACAGGAGAGAAAACAUAUAAAUGCUCAGAUUGUGGGAAAUGUUUUGGUACCAGUUCCAGCCUUUCAAUGCAUAAGCGAUCCCACACAAGAGAGAAGCCAUAUACAUGUUCAGAUUGCGGGACAUGUUUUAGUACCAGUUCCAGCCUUCUAAAACAUGAACUAAUUCACACAGGAGAGAAGCUGUAUAAAUGCUCAGAUUGUGGGAAAUGUUUUAGUACCAGUUACAAUCUUUCAGUGCAUAAGCGAUCCCACACAGGAGAGAAGCCAUAUAUAUGCUCAAAUUGUGGGAAAUGUUUUAGUACCAGUUCCAACCUUCUAAAACAUGAACAAAUUCACACAGGAGAGAAGCCAUAUAUAUGCUCAGAUUGUGGGAAACGUUUUAGUACCAGUUCCAGCCUUUCAAAACAUCAACUAAUCCACACAGGAGAGAAGCCAUAUCAAUGCUCAGAGUGCAGGAGAAGCUUUAGACAGAGUUCACAUCUUAAGUAUCAUAUGAAUAUCCAUUCCAAAGAGUAA